AGUGUUACACCCGCUGCACGGUGCGGGUGCCCGGCCGCUGCGCUCCCCGCGUCCUCUCGCCGCCGCCUCCGAGCGCUGGGCCUACGGUGCCCGUGAGGGGGAGAGAGGGAAGGAGAGGGAAGGAGAGAGAGAGGAGGGGGAGAAGGAGAAGGAGGAGAAGGAGAGAGAGAGAGAGAGGCCAGCGGUUCCCGGGCUGUCCGUUCCGUUCCGUUCCCGUCGCCAUGGCGGCCAUGGAGGGAAGCGCCAACUCCCGGGCGGGGAUCAGCUCUCAGGAGCUGCUGCAGAAGGUGAAGGCGUUCAUCAGCGGUGUAGACCCGGCCCAGGGGCACCAGCUGACGGUGAAGGAGCACGCUCGCUGCGGCAUCCUGCUGCUGCGGAACCUGCCGCCGGCCCGGGCCGCCGUGCUGGAGCACCUGCGCGGGGUCUUCGACGAGUCGGUGGGGGCGUACAUCCUGGCCCUAGACCGGGAGGGCGGAGGCGGAGGACACCUGGGCUCGCUGGGGCUGGAGGAUGUCACGCUGGAGAUUCAGGGGGUGCUGUCGGAGUUUGUGCGCUCCAACCCCCGGGCCUGGGCCCCGCUUGUAUCCGGCUGGUCAAUCGAUCUGAUGGGGCAACUGAGCAGCAAGUACUCCGGGCGGCAUCGGGUGCCCCACGCCAGCAGCCUAAACGAGCUGCUGCAGCUGUGGAUGUCGUGCAAGGCCAUGCGGGCGCUGAUGGACAUCUACGUGCAGUGCCUCUCCUCCCUCAUCAGCUCCUGCCCGGACGCCUGCGUAGACGCCCUGCUGGACACCUCGGUGCAACACUCGCCCCACUUCGACUGGGUGGUGGCCCACAUCGGCUCCUCCUUCCCCAACACCAUCAUCAGCCGCGUCCUCAGCUGCGGCCUCAAGGACUUCUGCCUGCACGGUGGCCCUUCUUCUUCCUCCCCCGUCGAGCCCCUGCUGCCCCCGUCCUGCCCGGCCGACCAGCGGGUGCCCAAGAUCGCCUCGGUGGUGGGCAUCCUGGGCCACCUGGCCACCCGGCAUGCCGACAGCAUCAAGCAGGAGCUGCUGCUGAUGUUCCACCAGAGCCUGGGGCCUCCUGAGAGCCGCGAGUCGGGCCGGGCCCGGCACCAGGAGGCCACCGUCCCCUUCCUGCUGCAGCUGGCCGCCAUGUCUCCGGCCCUGCUGGGCGCCGUGUCGACCGAGCUGGUGGACUCCCUCAAGCCGCCGGUCCUCGACCAGCUCCACCAGCGGUUCUCGGGCCUGGGCCGGGACGAGGCGGACAACCUGCUGGGCCUGCUGGUGCACCUGGUGUGCCAGAGCGGAGCCGGGGCCCACCGUGUGCUGGGCUUCCUGCUGGAGACGGCCUCGCCGGCCUCGGUCAUCACCGGCCCGGGCCUGGCGGUGAGGGACAGCGUGAGGGAGGCCUGCCAGCGGGUGGUGCAGCUGCUCCUCCUCAACCUCCAGCGCCUGGUGUACAGCAAGGGGGGAGGAGGAGACACCCACCACCACACCCACCGUCCCCUCCCCUUCCUAGACGGGCUGAAGGGCCGCCUGCCGGAGCUGUGCCACCAGGCCCUGCGGCCAGAGUGCAAGCGCCACCCCUGGCAGCACCAGCUGCUGUGCCUGCUGGCCGUCUACUGCGGGCCCAGCUGGGCGGCGGAGGCCCUGUGCCAGCUGCUGGGCCAGGCCGCCUGCCCGGAGGAGCUGUCGCUGGCAGCCAAGCUCCACUCGGCCCUCUCCUCCUCCGUGCCGGGGCUGGUGCCGGCAACCGCGGCCCGCUGCGUGGCCCACCUGCACUCGGCCCCGGCCCACGAUGCCCGGCGGCUGCUGCACAACCUGGCCUGGCUGGCGAGGGACGGGGAGGAGGAGGGGGGGGAGGAGGGGGGAGGGGAAGAGGGAGGGGAGGAGGGGCUAGCGGCCGCUCUGGCCUCCCACGCCCCGCAGCUGGGCCGGCUGCUGCCCCACACCGACCCGGGGGUGUCGGAGGGCGCGGCCCUGCUCCUGGCGUCCUUGCCCCCGCCACCGCCCUCCUCCCUGGGGCCCUCGCAGCUGUCGGUGCUGGUGCGGGCCGGGGUGUCGCGGUUCUUCCAGGCGCUGCGGCGUGGCGUUGGCGGUGGCGGUGGCGGGGAGGAAGCGGCCGGCGAGGCCUGUUCCCGCCUGCUAUUCCGCCUGGCCUCCUCCUCCCCGCAAGCCCUGCGCUGCAUCCUCCGCCAGCUGCUGUCGGCCGCACUCCACCCCGGCAGCGCCCGGCUCUUCGGCGGCCGGGGGACCUCCCCCUCCUCCCUCGACACCCCCUCCCCCUCCUCCAUCUCCAUCACCACCCCCGGCGACUCGCUCCUGGGGGUCAACCGCGAGUUCGGGGCGGCGGUGGGCUUCGGCGGGCUGUGGGCCGUCUUCCACGCCGGGGUGAUCGGCCGCGGCCUGAAGCCCCCCCCGACCGGCGGGCAGCUGCUGCCGGGGGAGGCGGCUGGAAACGCCCAGCGCUUCCUGGGCCUGAUCGGCCGCUGCUGCAGCCUCGGGCAGAGGGAAGGUCAGGUGGGGGCAGAGGCGGCCCAGACCAUCGCCCUGGCCCUGGUGGAGGCCAUCUGCCCCGACGUCACCUCCAGCGAGCUGGCCUGGCCUCCCGAGGAGCUGUCACGGGGGACGGUGGAGCGGGACCUGCAGAUCUGGGGCCGCUUCCAGGAAAACCCCCUGCUCUUCGGCCUGCUGCGGCUGGUGGCCCUGGGCCCGCCGGCCCUGUGCUACUGCUCGGUGCUGCUGCGGGGGGUGCUGGCCACCCUCCUGUCCCACUGGGACGCGUCCCGCCACCGGCUCUCCACUGCCUCGCCCCGCCACCUACACGCCUCCUGCCAGCUGCUGGCCUGCAUGGCGGAGGGGCAGCUCCUGCCGCCGGCCCUGGGCAGCAUGCACGAGAUCUUCCACCUCCUCACCCCCUUCGAGGUGUGGCUCCUGCUGCUCGGCGUCUGGGCCUACCUGCGGGCCAACGGGCCCCUGCCCCAGAAGUUCGCCUUCCGCCCCGAGCAGGGCCGCUUC